AUAUAUCGAUACUUUUAUAGACUUCGGAGUGAGUUUUUGAUAAGUUUUCUAUAAUUAAAUUAGAAAAUUAGAACAAUUAAACUACAAUCAUGGCCACAUUAGAGGAUAAAUUAUUAGGUGAAAAAUUAGAGUACUACUGCAGCAGCAGCGAAGGCGAAGACAAUGGAGACGACGGCGAUGACGAACAAGCUGCUCGUGGUAGCAAAGGAACUGCUGGUGGCUCCGGACUGACAAUCAAUACAGAUCCUAAUGCAGCACCACCGGGCGGCUUUCGCCAGCAAGGUUCGACCAAUACAGGACCCAAAGGAGUUGUGCAGGACUGGCAGCGCUUUAAACAGCUCGAAGCCGAGCGUCGUGAAGAAACCGAACGCCAGCGUUUGGCUUUGGCUAAAAAGCUUAGCAUGACGACUGCAACAUCUGCAGAAGACGAGGAACGUAAGCGCCAAGAGGAACUGGACGCAGAAUUCGCGGAAUUAAUGAGCGAAGAUUUCCUGCAGCAAUAUCAAAAGCAGCGUAUGGCCGAAAUGCUGCGCCAAACAGGCCACCAUCAACAAUUCGGUAAGGUACUGCAGCUCGGUACCCACGGGGAGUUUCUCUCUUGCGUGGAGCAAGAGAAUAAGCACACAACCAUCAUAAUACAUAUUUACGAGCGCACACAAUCAGCCUGCGCCACGCUCAAUGGCUGCUUAGACACGCUGGCCAGCGAAUAUCCAUCCAUUAAAUUUGCCAAGAUCUGUAGCUCUGUGGCGGGCAUGAGUCGUGACUUCCGCACCAAGGGCCUGCCCGCCCUAUUAGUAUACAAGGCACAGGCGCUAAUUGGCAACUUUGUGCGACUAACCGACGACUUAAGCGAUGACUUCUUUGCCUCGGACGUGGAAAGUUUUCUCAUCGAGCAUGGCAUCAUUGUAGACAAGGCCUUGUACAAUUAAGCUCUGAUUGUGAGUUAUAUAGGACAUAAGCUAAAAGAGAGCUGACCAAAUAAUGUGUUCGAAAGUCUCGCAUUUAAGCGGAUCGCACUUCAAUUUUCAAUAAGUUUUCGGUCUCAAAUGUAUGAAUUUAGUUAUUUAUUUUUCCCAUUCAAUUACAUCUCUUGCAGUUUUGUAUACAAUUUCUAUGAAACUUUUCCUUUCCGUUAUGAAAAAAGAAACAAAGAAUGUUA